AUGGGCGCGGAGGGGAUGGGAAGGGGAAGGGGGGGAUCGAGUGUGGAUGGGAUGGGGAGAGGAAGGGGGGAAGGGAUGGGAAGGGGAAUGGGGGAAGGGAUGGGAAGGGGAAUGGGGGAAAGGAUGGGAAGGGGAAGCGGAAGGGGAAGGGGAGUUUUGGAGAGGACAGUGGGGGGAGGUAGCUGGAAGGAGCGGCAGUUGGGGCGAGAGGGCAUGGGAUGGGGGGAGCUGGGGGGUGGGGGGCAAGAGGCGGUCGGGGAGGGGGAGGGCAUGGCAUGGCGCAGAGGGAGCAUGGGGGAUGCGGAUUGGCGGAUUGGUGGGGGAGGGGAUGCUGCCGGUGUGCACCGCAGGGCGGCUACAGUAGCUGGCCUGGGCGGCAUCCAAGACGUGGGCGGCAUGGGCGGCAUGAGUGGUAUGGUGCGAGACAAUGGGGGUGAAAUGGAUGCAACUGUGGGCGUGGGAAUCGUGCAGGGGACAGCAACGGCAGUGGGGAGGGGGAGGGCCCUUUUAUAUAGGGCCAUGGGAGGAGGUAGCUGGAAGGAGCACGCGGUGGGGCGAAACGGAAUGAGUGGUGGCGUGGGCAACAUGGGCGGUAUGGGCGGCAGUCAGAGGGAAAGGCCAACUGGUGGGCAGGUGGGGGAGUGGUUGGAGCAGGCACACGUUCCUGUAAUGCAUAAGACUGUAACGAGGAUGGGCCAAUCAAACCACUCCGGGCGGCAACAGGAGACGCCCCUCUUCGAGCCCCACGGCAGGCCUCUGCUCGCCUCUCACCAGCACUGCUCGCUUCAAAGGCGUGACCCAGCGGUGGUGCCAGCUCAGCGUGCCAGUCUUCCAGGUCAGCAGAGCGCUAUGCCAGGUCAGCAGAGCACAGCUGUGGCUCGUGAUCUGCAGCACCGAGCAUCCACGCACUGGUUGCGCCCGCGGCACCGCCUCAGCGUCAAGCGCUGA